ACGAUAGAUACUGAGGAGGAAGAUAGAACUUCUGUCCAGAAGAAACAAGGAGGAGACCAGCUGCAGGACCCUCAACGAGACCACCUUCAACACGAGACGAAACAACUACCUCAGCAUCAGCAAGAUGAAGAAGAUAAUCACUAUCCUGCAACGCAACAGAUUCAGGUACUAGAUGGUCGUGGUCGUGCACCUACAACUUAUUUUUCCCCUCCUCCACCACCUCAGGGUGACAUCAAGAAGAAGAUAAGAGCGAACACAUUUGAUCCAGACUUGCAUAUUCAAAAUUUUCUCGACAACAUAAAGCGGCCACACCUACCUAAGUGGCGAGAUAGGUUUCCAGCGGCAUCCGGUGCUGGUAGAAAGAAUCGUGAACAAGAAGGUCAUCUUCAACAGCCAACUACUGCCACUACGGGCACAACUAGCUGUGGCAGAAAUAAUAAGGGAGAACAUGAAGAGCUUGAUUAUGAGCGGACCGAUAUUCCUAAGGAUAACGAGGACCAAACGAGAAAUGGGGGAAAGGCACGAAAAGUAGAUGGGACGAGGAGAGGAGGUUCUGACGGACAGGAGAAGGGUAAAGUUGCUAGUAAAUGCUUUAAUCGGAUAAAGAUGAAUGUCCAUGUCAUAGUUUUUCAUGAUGUUGAUCUUCCUGUGCGCGUAUGUGUGUAACAUCUACUAGAUAGUUCCUACUACAACUCUUAGAAGAUAGUUCCUACUACAACGCUUGAAUAUCUACUAACCCUUGAUUCUAGUACAAAACGAAAUUCCAGAUUCUGCCAUAGCAAACGCUGGAGGGGUAUUAAAAACGCGUGCACGGCAAAUUGCAGCACCUCAAAUAUGUCCUCCUUGGACAAUUGAGGCUGGGCGCAGAAACGGCAC